UCCAAUCCAUAAUCUCCCACACUUCACAAAUCCCCACCAAUCGAACACACACUCCUCCCGGCUCCCUCCAAUGGCGCUCCUCACCGUCCAGGGCAUGGCCAUGUCCACGGCCGCCUUCGCCUCCCACCACCACGGCGCCGUAUCCUCCUCCUCCUUCGGGCUCUCAGCCGCCGUAUCUUUCUCCCGCUCCCGCACCAACCUCGCCGUCACCGCCGUCUCGGCUCCUCUCACAUCAGUUCUUGAUGUCUACUGUGGAAGAGGGGACAGAAAGACAAAGAGAGGCAAAAGGUUCAGCCACUCAUAUGGGAAUGCACGGCCCCGUAACAAGAACAAGGGAACAGGCCCAGCACGGCUUUACGCCCCUCCAGCGCCUCCUAGGAAGGAUCAGUUUGAGGACGGGGAGAUCAUCGCAAUUGAGAUUGAUGAUGACAUCAUGGAAAGGAUGGAUUAGGAUGUCUGAAUUUUCCCUUAUUUCAUGAUUUCUGAAAUACAAUGCCCUGGGAGUAAUUAUUUUGCCAUUAUCCUAUGUGAAGUGCAAUUUCUUAGAAGUAAUUAUUUGGUCUUUCGGGACAAAACACAGAUGCCUAUGUGCUUUCGAUUGCUUAGGCUGUAUCACUGUAUGCAUAGGGAACCUGGCACCUAUGUUGUCUAGCUCUACCGAUGAGCCGGCCAGUGCUUCUAAAAUAUGUCUGUUUUUUCUCACCUUCUCUGUUACAUUCCGUGUGACUCCUGAAUUAAGUUUUAGUUAUUCCA